GCGUUUUACCAAAUUAAUUCUUCUCCCAACCAGCCUCUUGUCUCACACUUUCACCCCCUUCCGUAGCUCAAGAGUACCCUGGUUACCUCUUUCUUAUUGUACUAUAGCUUUCAUCCAAGGCCGAGGUUGAAUAAUACGCUACUUAAUUUCUAUUUCGAUAUAUUUUCUAGACAUUGUGUCUUAGCCGUCCUUAUGUAGUAUCUCCUCGUUUUGCCCUAAUCAGUACUACCUCCGACCGAUCCGUACCGACGGCGAUCUAGAUUCUCCGGAAGCUGACCACGUCCUCCUAACCGACGUGUACUUCCGACGUAUAUAUAUGGGAUGGGUUAGAAUGCAACGCCCUCCUGUCACUCACAUCGAAUCGACACUGCCGCCACUUGUACCUACAUCAUGGGACACCUCGUAGGCAUUCUCCCACCCGUCCCUUUGCUCCAGCCCUCCGGCGUUAGACUCCCGCGGAAGGGUAAGGGACAGGCUAGCGGGUCGUUACCCAAUACGACUCCCUUGUAUAAGGUCGUAGACGGUCUAUUAUAUCUCAAAGAUGGCUUAACACAUAAAGAGAGAGCUGAAUGGAGACGAGUGGAAGAGCGCAAACAAAUUCUAUCGGUGCGGUUACAGGGUGCUGAAUCUUAUAAUGAAUGGGAGGCGGCAGCGCAAGAAUUGGAUGUUCUCGAAGGCAAUGAAGAAUGGAAGGCCGAUAUUUCAACUGGGGACUAUAACCCCGAUCUUCUAGAAAUGCGCUUACGAGAGCUCGAUAAUGCCCGCACUAAUUGUGAUAUACGAUCCAUGAUGCAUAUCAUUAGAACAGCCCUUUCGCGCGAUCUGGGCGGCAUGGGCAAUAUUGACCUAUACCGGCACUCCUACUGUGGUACUAAGAAAUUGGUUUCGCAAUACGUCGAUUCUGCCUUGCAGACUAUUACAGCUCUGGUAGAGCAGAGCGUGUAUCACCGAGCAAACGACCCGGGUCCGAAGGACUUGCUGGACGCGGUACUUUACGCGCGCCAGAGCUUUGGACGGAGCGCCCUCCUACUCAGCGGUGGUGGCACUUUCGGCAUGACACAUAUUGGCGUUUUGAAAGCCAUGUUCGAGGCAAAAUUGCUCCCGCGUAUUAUCUCAGGCGCGUCGGCGGGUUCGAUCGUCUGCUCUGUGGUCUGUUCGAGGACAGACGACGAGAUUCCUCAACUAUUAGCAGACUUUCCGUAUGGCGAUCUAGCUGUAUUCGAAGAGGAGGGUAACGAAGAAGGCCUCUUUGGCCAUCUACGAAGACUGCUCACCGAGGGGAACUGGUCUGAUAUCAAGCAUCUGACACGCGUAAUGCGCGACUUACUUGGUGACAUUACCUUCCAGGAAGCGUACAAUCGAACGAGGCGGAUAUGCAACAUUUGUGUCUCGUCAGCAUCUAUUUAUGAGCUACCGCGGUUGCUGAACUACGUUACAGCACCCAACGUUAUGAUAUGGUCUGCUGUCGCAGCAUCAUGCUCAGUGCCGUUCGUUUUUAGCGCUGCGCCGUUGUUAGUCAAGAAUCCUCUAACAGGCGAGCACAGUACAUGGAAUCCUACUCCACAGAUGUGGAUUGAUGGUUCCGUCGAUAAUGACCUCCCUAUGACGAGACUUGCCGAAAUGUUCAACGUCAACCAUUUUAUUGUGUCACAGGUCAAUCCGCAUGUUGUUCCUUUCCUUACCAAGGACGAGGGGCCGGCAAGCGUACGUCACGAGACAAUCUUCAAGGAGGAAUCGGAUUGGAUGCACAAGUUUACGACUCUGGCCAAAAGUGAAGCUCUGCAUCGAAUGCAAUUUAUGGCCGAAAUAGGUAUCUUCCCAACGCUCGUCAGUAAGUUGCGGUCUAUCCUAAGCCAAAAAUACUCGGGUGAUAUCAAUAUUUUCCCGGCUAUGGGCGUUUGGGACUUGCCUAAGGUGCUGAAGAAUCCGACGACCGAUUUCAUGCAUCGCUCGUGCUUAUUAGGCGAGCGUGCGACCUGGCCCAAAUUAGCUCGCAUCCGGGACCGGUGUGCCAUUGAAUUGGCUUUAGAUCGCGCGGUUCAUGCAUUGAGAGCUCGUGUUGUAUUUAGUAAGAGCCAAGUUAACUUACGAAGGAUGGCGACCGGGUCUCUAACAAGUAUGUACGAGGAAACGUACAAUCAUUUGACACCGAGUUCGAACCAGGUUGGGCCCCCUUCCACGAAGGAGAAACUAAAGCAUAACCGGCGCCGGUCAAGUGGAAGUAGUUUACUGAAUCCAUACCACCACAUCCUUGCCAAUGAAAAUCCGUAUAAAAUAACGGAUGACGAAACAGACGAAGAGGAACGUCUUGAGAUGGCAAUGCGCCAUAAUGGCCGGAAACCGAAAAUAAAGCUUAAGAGAUUUCCAAAAAAUCAUAUAUUCCAGACGGGGCCUAAAACUAGUCCCGUCUUAUCUUCCACCUCGGAUCUCGAUUCUUUUGACUUCUCUCGGCCUUUAACACCUACCGGAGCUAAGAAUACCAAUGCGUCGAAUCCGAAAAAGUCGGCGCUUUCGUCAAUGGUCACGAUAUCUCCCGACGACGGUGCUCGUGACCUAGCCAAUGCUGAAACGGCUUCCAUGACUUCACCACAGCAGAAUCCUCACUACGACGCUGAACUCGAGACUAGUGACUUACACACCUCAGACGCCGACGUCGAUAGCCACACGGAUGAUGAAGCAUCGCAGUCAACCCAUAAGCACAUAAUUUCGCAUAACAACGUCUAUUAGUGACGUAUAAUUAUUUAAUACCAAACUUCAACAUUAGGGAUAUGCAACUUGUCGACUAAGACGAAAUUACCAGACAAAAGAUAGGCUAUAAUAACACACCAGACUUUGUCUUAGGCUCUGGGAUCGUUCUGCUCUGUGGUAUAUACCUAAUUGAGUUAGAAAUAUUAAAAAGAGGGAGGCGAGAAUAGUGUGCUUAACAACACAAGCCAUAAAACAAUACCUAUACAAGGCGAGCAUACUUGUUAACUGGCCAGACUACAUAGGUAGUAUUAUUGCGGGAAAACAACAAAGCCGUCCGUAAUUAUACAUUUAAACUCUAGGAUAUGUUGGGUAUACAAGCAUCAGACCAUACUAGACAUAGCAUAGGCGGGAGCAAUAAUUAUAUAGCUAAUACAUUAGUUCGUAGUGGUAGUAUUACAUAGUAACUUAGC